AUGAACUUCCCAGGCGGCGGUGCGGGCGGGUUCCCCGGCGCAGGUGGUAUCCCCUCGGCGGGAGGAUCAGGGUCGUCAGCGACACCACCAAUGCCCAUGCCCCAGGGUGAUCCAAACGUGAAGAUGCUCCAAAAUCUCAUGGAAUCCUGCUACGCCAAAACCGUCAUGUCCGGCGGCGCAGGUUUCGCUCUUGGCGGUGUAUUCGGCAUGUUCAUGGCCUCCAUGGCCUACGACACCCCCUACCACUCCCCACAAACCGGCACCCCCGGCCAGCCCGCAAUCCCAGGCAUAAAACCCCCCGUCGACAUCUCCACCCUCCCCCUCCGCAAGCAGCUCGCCCACGGCUUCAAAGACAUGGGCGCCCGGUCCUGGUCCACCGCCAAAAACUUUGGCCAAGUAGGCGCCCUCUUCAGCGGCAUCGAGUGCGGCAUUGAAGGGUUAAGAGCAAAGAAUGACUUGGCCAACGGUGUAGCGGCGGGUUGUCUGACGGGGGGGAUUCUUGCCAGGAAUGGGGGGCCCCAGGCGGCCGCGAUUGGGUGUGCGGGUUUUGCGGCUUUCAGUGCCGCGAUUGAUGCUUGGAUGAGGAUGCCCAAGGAUGAGGACUGA